CUGCCACUAGAGAGCAUGAGGCGACCAACUAACUCACAGCAGUCAAAGCUCACAAACCGCACUAAAAUGUAUAUAGAUUCACAAGUGUUCAGCGAUUAUGAUAAUUCAUGGAUUAUUCACGAUAAUCAACUUCAACGAGCCUUUAGUUAAUGUUAUGCUCCUCGAGAGUCGUCAAGGAUGCGAGAAUGUCGUAAAAUGUCGAAACUCUCCCUCGCUCGCGCGCAGCAGCGGCGCUGUUCUCACACUCUCACACACACAUAGCAGCGCUCUAAUGGACGCCGCGGAUCGGCAGGAAUGGGGACUCGCACCCGAGGGCAAACGGGGAGGAAAUCUAGCCACAUUUGACCGUUAAAUAAAAUGUCCUCUCCGUACGUUUAACUCGCCGCGACGUUUAACGUGUGAUAUUGUAACUCGCGCGCGUAUCCUCAUAUAUAUAAAGCGGAAUCGUCGAAACAUCCGUCAGUUAGCGGGGAGGCUAAAGCGCUGGGCCUCUCUUCUCUCCCUCCCUCUCGGGUUUGUGUGACUGUCAGUUUCACACAAGCCUCCGCUGACGUUCACUCGCUUCCCCAAUACUUUUUUUACUUCUGUCGACGAACAUUGUACCCUGGAAAGGGGGUUAAGUCCAAGAGGGAUAGUUUUCUGACGUGUAUAGAGUUGUAGGAUUGCUGGAUCUCCAAUGGAACCGUAGGAUUCAGUGUAUUGAGCCUCAGUGGCACUUUGUUGUGGGUUAGUCGCAAUGAAGAGUGAGAUUCCGUCUGAUGCACGACGUAAGCAGGAGCCCCUGAAGGGGCCUCUGUCUAACCCCGAACCCAUGGAGACUGCUAAGAGCUUCCCCGCUGAGAUGGAGGUGAUUGGCAAGGCAGGAAGUGAUUUCUCUUCUCCGCUAUGUCCCGAGACCAGACACCGGCCUUCAAGGGAUGCCGGAGGUCGCAGAGACUGUGAAAGAGGCUUGUCGGGACGCAAAAAGCGCAAGAGCCAGCAGCCUGGGCCAUCGUAUUGUUCUCUGAAGGAAGCGCCAGUGAGUGAGGCAGCCCUCACUCCGCCCCACCACAGGCCCAUGCUGCUAGAGACACAUAGUGAAGACGAGAGGAACCCAGAGUCCUCGUUGAGUGACUGUGCCUCUUCGCCCUCCUCCAGCCUUCGGUUUGGUGACUCGGACACUCUUAGCUCAGAGGAGGAUGGCAGGCCGAUGACAGUUAGACAGCAGCAGCUCAAGGCUCCCGGUUCAGCCUCCACCGGGAGUGCAGGAGGAGGUACGGGCACGGCUGUAGGCAUGCGGCCGCUAGUCGCCCGGACUCGUGCCAGCAGGUCGCACAAGUGGGCACGGCUUGAGCCGGAAAGCAAUCAUGUGAAACGUCCGUGUCUCAGCUCACGCAGGCCAUUGCACAGGAAGCGUUUUGUGAAGGGCGGGACAGGAGGCGGGGCUCAGCGGACUCCAAAGCAGAAGGAGCGAUUACUGCUGCAGAGGAAGAAGCGAGAGGUGAUCGCACGAAAGAAGUACGCCCUCCUGCACAGUACCAGCAGCUCCAGUGAGGAGCUGACCUCUGACUCCUCCUCCCCUUCCUCCACUGAGGCAGAGGAUGAGCUGUAUGUAGAUGUUAGCAGCAGUAGCAGCCAAGCCAGCACUGCCGCUGUGGCCUCAGGUGUCCUGGAUGAGGACGUGGUUGUGAUCGAAGCGACUCCUGCACCUGCAGUACCUGCCAGUGAGGAGAUCAACGUCACCUCCACGGACAGUGAAGUGGAGAUUGUAACCGUUGGAGAUGCCUUCAGGCCACGCUCGGUGGGAAGCCAUGGCAGGAUGCACUGGGGACCCAGCUGUUCCCAGAGCCGAGCUCAGGAGGGACGUGGCCGUCAUCGCCUGUCCACCGUCAUCCAGCCACUUAGACAGAGUGCUGGAGAGGUCGUGGACCUCACUGUGGAUGAGGACGAUCUCUCAGUCGUGCCAACCACUUCUGACAGCACACGCCCACAGCCGGUCAGUUCUUCUUCCUCUUCCCAUAAUGCCUGUACCUCAGAAUCGCCACAGGAGGGUCCUGGUCCCUCCAGUAGCUGCUCAGCGGCCGCCCCUGAUAGCACACUGGCUGCUCAGAGACACGGUGGAGUGCCAGGACACAGCACCACCAACACAACUGCCAACGAAGAUGACAGCAGAAGAAGCUUGUCUGGUGAGAAUGGAGGUGUGGCGAUGCCCAGGUUACCCUCUUGUUGCCCCCAGCACUCUCCUUGCAGCGGGCCAUCUUCAGGGCACCUCUCCAUGGGGCACACCCACUCAGGGUGCAUGCAGGCUGGGACGACACAGCAGUCUGGCCCCCAGCAGUCUGGCUCCCAGCACUCCCAUGGUCACCCGCACCAUUUCCACCAUCACCACCACACCACCCCGGUCCCUUCUACCUUAGCCUUCCCAGAGUCCAGCUGCCCUCUGGAGAGGCCCACUGCCAUGCCUGCGCCCUGUGGAGGGGUGAGCAGCAGUAACCAGUACCAUGACCAGCAGACUCUGCCGGUGGAUCUCAGUAGCAGUGCAGUGCGUAGCAGUGGAUCCAGCAGCACAGGGUUCCACGGCACAUCGGCCUUUGAUCCCUGCUGUCCAGGUUCCGCCUCCCGGCCUCCUGCUUACGUUUCCCAGGCUGCACCUGGACCCAGCCAGCAGACUGUGGCCGACUCAUUCAGCUCAGCCAUAGUGGCCCAGCCUCAGCCCCAACCUCCUCAGCUCUCUUCCUGCAGGCACUACAUGCAUCCCCCCUACGGCCCUCUUCCGCGCCCCCUGCACCACCAGUCCUCCUCUUCCUGUCCUCACUCCCACGGCAAUGCUCCUCCCCCUCAACAGCCUCCUCCACAGGGUGACUAUGUCAUCCCACAUCCCGUCCUCCCCUUCCACACCCCACUGCCUUCUCACGCCCCGGGCCACUCGGUGCCCCCAGCUCCUCCACCCUCCCUGCCUUCCCACCAUCUACCAGGCUCCAGUGCCCCUCUGCCGCAGCAUCUUCCCCCUGAGCACCAGGCGCUGCAACACCACCUGCCCGUACUUGGCCCAAACCCUGUCCAGAGGCUCCACCAGCAUGACAUACUGCAGAGAAUGGAGGUUCAGAGACGCAGAAUGAUGCAGCACCCGACGCGAGCACACGAGAGACCCCCGCCGCAUCCCCAUAGAAUGCACCCUAACUACGGUCACGGACAUCACAUUCAUGUCCCUCAAACUAUGUCAUCGCAUCCUCGGCAGGCUGACCAGAGGACCACAUGGGAGCUGGGCAUCGAGGCUGGUGUUACUGUAGCUCCUUACCCUUCAGGACACCUGCACCCGCAUCUGCCUCACUAUCACCCUCCACCCAGACUGCACCAUUUUCCCAUCCAGCUGAUGCACACUGGCUCAAUGCCUGAAGUGACAUAUCCACAUAUUCGCUACAUCUCCUCCAGAAUGACCUUUGGCCGCACAUAUGAGGAUCUGCUGCAUUUAGAAGAGCGACUGGGGACUGUGAACCGAGGGGCCUCUCAGGGAACCAUAGAGAGGUGCACCUAUCCACACAAAUACAAAAAGAAGGUGGUGGAGAGAGACACUGAGGAACAGUUAGCACCUGAAGCAUGGGCAUCUGUUGGGAAAAAUAUGCACUCAACCUCAAACUCGAGAAAGCUGCAUGGUAAGCAAGAGGAAGAGGAAGGUGCGGAGGAAGACACGGAGGAGAAAUGCACCAUCUGUCUGUCUAUACUGGAAGAAGGGGAGGAUGUCAGGCGCCUUCCAUGUAUGCACCUCUUCCAUCAACUGUGUGUAGACCAAUGGCUCCUCACUAACAAGAAAUGCCCCAUCUGCAGAGUGGACAUCGAGGCUCAGUUAUCUCCAGAGAGUUGAUGCUAUUUUUCUUGCAACCCUUUUGUUGGACAUUUAUCUGUUGUUUUCCUUUUCAUUUUUGUCAGUAACGCAUUCAACCAAAGAUGGCAUGAAAUACCUGCGCAACUAUGGGAAAAAACAAAAACAACAAUCCACAAAAAAAACAAAACAUCGAGCCUAGCGUGCCAGCUAUCAUGUAGUACCAGUACAGCUAGAAAUAACAUCUUCAUUAAGGGUUUUGAAUUGUAUUGUAUUUAUAAAGGGUUUAUGUAGCUUUUGUUUUCAUAAGUGUCAUUGUAUUUUAUUUUUGCAUGGUUCCUUGCAAUGCAUUUCUUUGCACAUAUAAUGAAAUAGGCCUCAUAAGGCCUGAGAACUUGCAGGCGAGGAUUGCUGCUCUAGUAAAGAAGCAUUUUUACAUACCUGAUGCCUUGCUUUACUGGAAUAGAAUGUCAACCUCCAUUUUAAAACAUUGCAGGACUCAAUUUAUUGAUCAGUAUAUUGAUUAGUUUUAUGUUAUAGACAAUGUGAUCUGAAAUAGAUUUUUUUUUAAGUGAAUCAAGACAUUCCUUAAUUAGGAAACAAGAUCAUGGUUAAGAGAUCAGCUGCUGUAACAGUGUUCACCCUCACACCAGUUCACUCUCAACACGGGAACCUGGGCUGGAGUCCGUUCCAUUUCACUUCGGCUCAUUACCAGUGCUAACUCAGUUCGGGAAGUUCAUUUAGAAAAGCAUAUGGAAAUGCUUCUUGUCCGUUUAAUUUUACAUUUUUAUGCAUUCGAUCCUGAACUGAUGGAAUUGAAAUGAAUUCAGCUCCAGUCCUGAUGAGAAGCAACUGCACACUUCACCUCCUGGAACGUUCACACGGUUGUGUUCCAUCAGUCCCCUCUCAGCACCUCAAUCUGACGUCACAUGUAACGCACUUCACCUAAUGUAUUUUCAAAGAGAAGAGAAAGAAAAAAAUGAAUGUCACCUCUCUGUAUUCUGAUUGUUUCUUUUUCUAGUAUAAUGAAGUUGGAUUUUUGAUCGAGCAAUUGAGAAAGUGUAAUUCCUCAGACCAGCUCCAUAUGUCGCCUUGGUUCUGUGAGGAUGACGGGCCUGAAGAAACAGCUGGGAAACAGAGUAUUUAUUGUUUCAUCAGGGUCUCCUAGCCUUCUUCAUUUAUCUCUCUCAAUAACCUAGAAAGUGACUCUUGUUAGCUUAUUAUUCCUUGUCAGAUAUUGUCAUUAACACAUUUGUUCUGCAACUGUGCAGCAAACUGUUCCCACCCCCUCUUUUUUUUUUUUUUUUUUCUUUUGCUGCUGUGAAAUCCUAACACUAAUAUUAGUCUCAACUAGCUAACUUGCAUAUACUUGCACAUGAGAGACAAAAGACAGGAGUGCUGUGAGAAUGAGAGUGUGCUGAGGCCGUGUAUUUCCACUCUGAUUGCCGAAUUUUGAGGAAAAACUGUAAUAAUUUUGAAUGGAGUGUUGGAAUGCAGUACUUAAUGGCAGGCGUCCAUGCAUUCAUAGACUUAAUGGCCCCAGGAUGAUAUUCCAUGGGAUUUAUAUUAGUUUUAAAAUAAUGAAAUUAAUAAAGUUAGGUAACUCUU